CCACUUCAACACAACUCAAAAAAAAUCAUUUCAUUCGUUUCCACCAUCUUUUUCAUGAAAGUUGUUCAUUCCUCGUGUCUCGUUUGUGCAUGGGAAUAAUUUUCAAGACAUAAUUUAAUUAAUUUCUUUUAGUGUGAAUCUAAAAAUAUAUUCUUUUUCUGCAUUAUUUUCUAUAAACGAAAGUAUUCAUAAUGUCUGACAAUGAAAAUCGUAAUGGUAACAAUUCCAACGGCAACUACGAUGAAGAGGGUAUCAGUGAACCCGAACAUAUGAGAAAGCUGUUCAUUGGUGGUUUGGAUUACCGCACCACCGAUGACUCUCUGAAGGGCCAUUUCGAAAAAUGGGGCAACAUUGUUGAUGUUGUUGUGAUGAAGGAUCCCAAAACGAAGCGUUCAAGGGGUUUCGGUUUUAUUACCUAUUCCCAGUCGUACAUGGUUGACGAUGCCCAGAAUGCGCGUCCCCAUAAAAUCGAUGGACGUGUCGUGGAGCCAAAGCGAGCAGUUCCCCGGCAAGAAAUUGACAGUCCCAAUGCUGGAGCGACUGUUAAGAAAUUGUUUGUUGGCGGUCUACGUGACGACCACGAUGAGGAGUGCAUUCGAGAGUACUUUAACGAUUUCGGCAAAAUUCUGAGUGUAAAUAUUGUGGUUGACAAAGAAACCGGCAAGAAGCGUGGUUUCGCUUUUGUUGAAUUCGAUGACUACGAUCCAGUGGACAAAGUUGUAUUGCAAAAGACCCACACCAUCAAGAGCAAGCUUUUGGAUGUUAAAAAAGCCAUUGCCAAGCAGGAUAUGAGUGGAGGCGGCGGCGGUGGUGGUGGCGGCCGAGGAGGUGGUCGCGGAGGCAUGGGUGGUGGUGGCCGUGGUGGUGAUCGCCAAGGAAACUGGGGUGGUGGCGGCGGCGGUGGUGGCCGUGGACAAGGCAACAACUGGGGUGGCAACUCUGGUAACUUUGGAAACAACGGCGGUGGUGGUGGUUACAACCAAGGUGGUGGCGGCGGAGGCGGUGGUGGAAACUGGAACAGUCAGCCUGCACCAUGGAACAACAAUGUUGGUGGUGGAGGUGGUGGUAAUGACUGGAACGGUGGAUCCGGUGGUGGCUUUGGCGGCGGUGGAGCUGGCAACCAAGGUGGUGGUAACUGGGGAAGCGGUGGCGGCGGCGGCGGUGGUGGUGGCGGCGGUAACUUCGGCAACGACUACCAACAAAACUACGGAGGCGGCCCACAGAGAAAUAACUUUGGAAACAACAGAGCGGCUCCAUACGGUGGUGGCGCCGGCGGCGGCGGUGGUGGUGGUGGAUUCCACAAAAACCAAAGUGUAGGAGGUGGUGGUGGUAUGGGAGGCCAAGGCGGCGGUGGCGGCUUUGGUGGCGGUAACUAUGGUGGUGGACAAGGAAACAUGGGCGGUGGAAACAGGCGGUAUUAAUAGGUAAAAAUGCAAAUGUACAGACAGAAGAAUGUGACAGAAGAUAGGCAGAAUUCUAAGAAAUAAAAAAUCAAGCAUUGAGGUAGUUACUUAAGGAAUUUAGUUCCUACCUUGACAAAACAAACAAAAACAAAAUAAAAUCAAGAAAAGCAGAAAGCUAAACAAAAACAAAAAACAUAAAAUUAACUACAUGCAUAGCCGCCGAAAACAUCAUGACUAAAAAUAUUUAUUACAAAGAAAAAAAUAGGUAGUAUGUAGUCCCAACGUCUUUUGUUUAUUCUUUUUUUAAUUAUAAAAAUUGCAUUUAUUUUCUUUUGACCAACAUAGAUUUUUUUUUAGAAUAUGGAACUUAAAAAAUUAGUUUUAAAGUUUUAUUUUUAAAGAAUAUUAUGAAUCAAACAAAAAAAUAUAUUAUUUAUAUCUAAAUAAAAAAAAAUAUGAUAAACUAUGAGACAAAAAAAUACAACUUUCCCUCUACUUACUUUAAAAAAAAAAGAGAAAAAGAAAAAGUAAUCUUCUGUCAAAAGUAGCGUUAAUGUUUUGUGUUUAACAUUUAUUAAGAGAAUCGAAACAAAAACGCUGUAUUUCUGUUUUUACAGUUCGUUCGUCCACCAAUCAAUAUAACAAACAAAAUAUACAAAAAUAUGAAUGAUAAGUACUAUUAGUAAGACAUUAAUUACUACAAUUAACUGUAAGAAUUAAUAAAACAAAACAAAAAUAGAAGAUACAAAACACUGUAAAA